CCGAAUGCACUCUGCUAAACCCUAAAGUUGCUACUAGCUGUCCCGCUAGGGUUUAAGAACCAAAACCAUUCCUUCACAAGACAAGUUAACAACCCGCCCACCCAUUUAGGGAACUCAUAUAAAUUUGAUUACUGUCGCUCCCUCUUCUGUAACUAUGAGAUUUGAUUUCCCCUUACUCAACAUAAAUUUUACCCUAGAAAGCUCUGAUUUUUAUUUUCCCAGGCAUGGUGGGGUUUCUACCUAAACCCACCAUUGUUGACGAAGAAGAAUAUAAUCAAGCUUCCAAAUCCAAAAACUUUCAAGACCCAAUUGAAGAUGUCAAGCUCUCUGAUUUAUCAUUCGCCGAUUCUUUUCUUGAUUUUGACUCCAUAAAGGAUUUUUUUGAAGAUAGCACAGGAAAAAGGAAGAUGGCUGAUGAAGGCUCUUGUUUUGAGUCAAGACCAAUGAUGGAUUGUUCUAAUCCAAGUUUUGAGGAGCCAAUUGAUAGUGGGUCUGGCUGUGUCGUGAUGGUGAAAGAUGAAAAGGUGGGGCUUGAAGAAGAGGGGAGUUUGGGUUCCUCUAUUGAAGAGGCUAUGGGAAAAGUUAGUUUGGUUCGUUCAAGUCCUGUUUGUGGUGAUGGGAUUGUUGUGAAAGAGGUAAGUUUGAUUUCUGGGCCAUGUUCGGUUGUUACUGAUGGGAGUGUUGCUGAAGGUGGAGUGGCAAGUAGUAAGAUGGAUACUGGCAAUAUAAAUUUGGCGACGGAAUCAUGUUCUGUUAUUGGUGUAGGGGUAAGUGAUAUUAUAACAGCUAAUGAGAAUGGAAGUGGAAGUGAUUCUGGAUCUGCCAGUGCAAGUAGUUCCUCUUCAACAUCAUCUUCUGACAAUAGUGAUAGUAGUAGUUGCAACAGCAGUGAUGAUGAUGAUGAUGAUGGGGAGGAGGAGGAGGAAGUCAGACUGCAAUUGAAUAGAGAAGUAGAAGAGGGUGAGAUUGAAGAAGGUGAGAUAAGGGAUAUUAAUGGAGGGGAGACGGUUGGUAAGACUGCUGAUGAUGAGGAGGAAGAGGAGGAUGAAGAUGAUGGAUACAAGAUGCUUGAUUGGAGCGAUGUUGAAUUUGAUAAUGUUGAGGAGGCAGAGGCGGAGGAGGAUGCUUAUGUUGCAAAGGGACCCAUUAUGUCAAAGAAUGAGCUUAAGGUUCUUCCUCCAGUUCCUCCUGUAGAUGUUACAUUGCAACCUCAUCAUCAAAUGCUGCCUGUUGGAACUGUUUUGUCAAUUUUAGGUGCCCAAGUCAUUGUGGAGGGGGUGGAGAAGCAUAAUCCUCUUAAUGAGGGUUCCAUCCUUUGGAUAACUGAAAAAAGAUCUCCUUUGGGGCUUGUUGAUGAGAUAUUUGGACCUGUUCAAAACCCCUAUUAUGUGGUGAGAUACAAUUCUGAAAGUGAAGUCCCUGCUGGGAUCCAUCAAGGCACUUCAAUUUCUUUUACUCCUGAGUUUGCCAAUCAUGUGCUCAAGGACAAGGAUCUUUACAAGAAAGGGUAUGAUGCAUCUGGUGAUAAUGAUGAAGAGUUGUCGGAUGAUGCAGAGUUCUCAGAUGAUGAGAAAGAGGCCGAGUACAGGAGAAUGCAAAAAAUGUCUAAAAGGGGCAUGAAUUGUCAGACAGUUGGAAACAAGAAAAAUAACAGAAAGAAGGUUAAUAAUAGAAAUGUGAAUUGGAAGAAUGAUAUACCCUCAGGACAGCAAAACUUGAUGGGUGUCAGCCAGCCACCACCUGAUCAGAACCAGCAAAAUCGAUCUUCUGUAGGAGUAUCCAUGAAUAAUUGUUCUACUUCAACCACAGGACAGGAUUUUCAUGGUGGAACUAGCUUUUUUCCAUCAUUUCCACCAAUAGUUCCAACUGCGGGUGUUUUCCAACCUUCUAAUGGAAUCUGGGUAAAUGGGUUGCCUCCUCAGCAUCCACAGAAUGGAGUUGUUCCUGGUGGAUUUCCAACUAAUAAUAUACCAUGGCCUGCUCAGAAUCAACUUCCACAUCAGAUGCCAUUUCAGCAACAGUUCAAUCCUAAUCAAAGUCCAAUUCCUACUGGCAUGCUAUCAGGCGCACAGAUGAAUCUUUUUGCUGGACCUUCGCCUUGGCCUCCAGUUUUAGGCCAAAAUUGCUUUAACCAAGCUACGUUUGGGAUGGGCUUCCAGGGUCAACCUGCUCCAAACUUGAAUACCAUCAAUAUGGGAGACAAAGUAAUGCUGUCCAGUGGACCACUGAUGGGACAGAAUGGUAAUCAAUCACCUCUGCCUGUCGUUCCUGACAACUCUCAAGCUCCUCGGCAAUAUAAUCCCGGUGCCUCUACAAGUAACAGAAGGAAACCAUUUCAUCAUCGCAGGGGUGGCCGUUUUGCAGGUGGGAGAGGUAGAGGCAGGCAGCCAUCAAAUGAAGGUCAUUAGCUGUAGGCAUUUUGGGAUUGGCCUAGCUUGUGCUUUUUUUUUUGCUUUAUCGUUUAUCCGUUGUGUAUAUUUGAACUAUGUCUACUUAUCUACAUCAGAUGAACUAUUCGAAAUGAUAAAGAUAGUGAAAUUUUCCCCCCUUUUCCAAUGAAAUCCUUUUGCCU